AUGCACGUCUCGCGGAGGUUGAUUGUGUCCACAGUGGCACAAUCACCAGCUCCCUUCCUCUACCAUACUCGAACCCUGCGGCCGUCGCAUCUGUCUCGAAAUUUAUUCAAUUCCCGACUUCAGCGUCUCUAUACAACCGGGAACGCCACCCCUGAGAAUGAUGCUGUCCAGUCUAGCGACACACCCUUAGUAGGGGAUGAGCAAAGUCCACAUGUUUCUGAAGGAUCUGUGCCCCCAGAUCCAGCAACCCAGCCCAAGCCCCGGAAAAGCUUUCUACGGAAACGUGCGGCAUCAGUUUCAUCCCGAAAGGCCCGAUCUUUACAGCAGCUACAGCGAAAGGUGAGAACCAUAACUGAAGAAGAGAGGAGGGUGUUUGGGGGACUGCUGGAGCAGCUUGAGACCACGAAUAGUGGAGAGCUAGCCAGCCCGGGGGCAUUGCAGCCAGAAACGUCGAGCCAGGAAAGGCAGGAAAGGCAAGAAGAGAUAUCCAAGAUGUUGGCAAUGUUUGAUUCUUACCUCGAGGAGCGGAACCCCACAAAACACCACAACGCCACCAAGCCCAAGGGAGAAGACCAGGAGCAGGAACAGGCUCCACUCUCCAGUCAGCCAGAGGAGUGGGAGACUCAUGUUCCGUCACGGGGCCUGAAACUGAGGGACUUGGGCUAUUCGGAACCGGCGACCUCUAAUGGAAUCGAUAUCGAAAUCUCAUUGCAAGAGGCUGUCGACAUGGUGGUACAGCGCGAGGCGCGGAACAUCGAGGCCGCCCUGUUCGCCGCCAUCGACGACGGCAAAGGCGACAUGGGCAUCUGGGAUGUAUGCAAGGGCCGGAUCUUUUCCAUGCUGCACCACCUGGGCGACGCAUUGAUGACGGCUGCACCCCAACCGACCGACCCGGCGUCAGUGCCGAAUCUGCCGCUCAAAAUCCCAGAAGUGGUGCCCGUGUCCCCCGUCGUGGCGACGCUGUAUCCCCAAACCCUUCUGAUCGCCUUCCGCCUCCUCAACGCGCACUUCCCAGACUCGCCGCUGAUCAGCCAAUUCCGCUCCACCAUCAAAGCCCACGGCCGCACGUCCUCGCUCCUCGCGACCUCCCCCGCCGUCAUCUCACUUCUCCGUGAAAUGGAGACCGCCGGCCUCGACCCCAAUCGCCGCACUCGCGACGUGCUGGUGAGUAUCGUCCGCCAGCGCUACGACGAGGCAGAUCUCCGUCGCCAGGGCAGACCGAACAAGGAGUCCUGGUGGGAGUUGCCGCCCAACCAAAGCGCAUUUCGCGAGCUGGUCGGCUCCCAGGGCUGGAUGCGUCGGCUCGAUGCCUUCGUCUUGGGCCGGGACCGUCCUUGGAAAGCUGAUCAUCCCGGCAAACGUCGAUGA